GUCAAGUCAAGUUCGCUCUCGUCUUUGGAUGAUUAUUUUGCCUCUCCAUCGUUAAAAUUAUAUUUUAAAACGAGUGAUUUUGUUUUACAUGUUCUUUUAUUGUACAACGCUACAGUUAGUAGUUGAACCGGUACGAAUCCUAUCUCACGAUGUUGCUACUGAAGAGGGUGGGGGCCUAGGUCAUGUGAUGUUUAUCCUAGCAACCGAGUGAAGCUCUGCCCAGCCAGGCUACAGUCAAGGAAUAUAGUAGAAGUAGCUGAAUAUAUACAGGCAGUUCCUACAGCCAACGCCAGAUCCCCAAGACAACUAGUCCACUGAGAAUUUGAUUAACACGGAAGACUUCCAGCACCACAGCAGAAUUUUGUGAGCCCUCAGCUGUGAGUGACCAAAAUACCCAGAAAAGCGUCGAGAAAAGCAAAAAGUGCUGGAGAAACUCAGCAGUUCUGGCAACAUCUGUGGAGAGAUAAUAGUAUCAACAUUUUUUUGAGUUCAGAAACCUUUUGCCUGUUCUUACAAAUGUAGAUACACCAUUCAAGAUGAGUCAACUUUAUAAAACAAUUGAGCCCAGUGUAAUUGAUGAUGAAAUGCUUGAAGAGGCAGUGAAGAAACAAGGGCCACCAGGAAAAGCUGGGCAAAUAGCCCAGUUAGAAGGAAUUGAAUUCAAAGAUGUAAAAAAUCUUCAACUGGAUUACCGAAAUAUACUAAAGAUUGAUAAUCUGUGGCAGUUCAAAACACUGACCAAACUCCAGUUAGACAAUAAUGUCAUUGAAAAAAUUGAGGGACUGAACACUCUGACCAACCUGGUGUGGCUGGAUUUGUCCUUUAAUAACAUUGAGAUAAUUGAGGGCUUGGAUGAACUUGUUAAGCUGGAAGACCUCAGUCUGUACAGUAACAGAAUUGCCAAUAUUGAAAAUAUGGACUCAUUAGCAAACCUGCAAAUCUUCUCUAUCGGAAAAAAUCACAUCAAUAAACUGGAAAAUAUUAUCUAUCUAAGAAGAUUUAAGAGGCUGCGCACUCUGAACCUUGCUGGCAAUCCUAUGUGUGAAGAUGAGAGGUAUAGCAUGUACAUUCCUGCCUACCUACCUACACUGAUGUAUCUGGAUUUCAGAUUAAUAGAUAAGACCACAAAAGAAAUUGCUUUGGAAAAACAUCACAGUGCUGUUGCAAAUUUGAUAUACCAUGAAGAUGUAGCAUUUAAAAAGCUUGAGAAAAUAAGGUUACAAGAGGAGGAACUGGCUCUACAUAAGGCUGCCUAUGUAGAAUAUCUGAAUGGACCCGGCCUGUUCAACACAAUGUUCUCGGAAGAUCCUGAAGCACCAAAGCUUUUAAUGUUACCUGGAGCAACAGAACUUGUGGACACAUUCAAGGCUGAGUUCACCAGCAUUUGCCAGAAGCUCUUUACCCAUGGGCUUGAAGGGCAUGAAAAACGUCAGAAGGAACUGGAACAUUUUAUGGAAUGCCUCCGUGAAGCGAUUGAAGAAAACCAGCAAAAAGGAGUAAAAGUUAUCAAAGAAUUUGAAGAGAAGAAUAAAGAGCAAUUUAGUGAAAUACAACAUACGAAUGAUUCUCAACUUCUAGAGAUAAUGAUCAGAGAAUUCAGAAUAGAGGUCGAUCAGCUGUGGAACAAACUGAUGAACCUAGAGAUGCAACUGGUUGACCAAUUGGAGGAAACGAUGAUCAAUUUUGAACGAAAUAUUUCCGAAAUUGUAACAAGUUAUGUUGAAAACGUACAAGCUCUAAUAGCUCAGUGCCGAGACCUAGAGAAUCGUCACAAUGAGAAUAUUUUGGAAAUUGCCAUGAGUAGUUAUGACAAAAUGGGAAAAAAUGAAGGGGAAGAGGAAAUGCCAGAAGAACUGCGAGCACUGUUUGUAGAUAAAGAUACAGUAAUCAAUACAGUUAAUGCAUCACAUGACACGCAUCUGCUUAAGAUUGAUAACCAAGAAGACAAGAUGGUGACAAGGGCAAAUGGCUGGGCUGCAGACACAAUUGAAACGCUGCAUACGGAUGAAAUAAAUCGCAACCGUAAACGAGUUUUAGAAAUUAACAUCUACGUCACCCACUGGCGGGAUGAGCUAGAUUUCCUGGAGCUCCAGGAGACCAACUAAUCCCUACAUAUAACAUUAAAAGGGAGGGGAUGUACAAUACAGUUUCCAUAUCCUUAUGUUCCUGUCCUAUCUAGGUUCUAACAUAACUAGAUUUAAAUGGGGUUAAAGUUUUUAAAAUUGUUCACCCUGCCCCAACUACAGCCCAUCUACUCUCAUCACAUCUCCAUUCUUAGUAGGUGUUGGAACGCUUAUGAGACAACAUUUAUUUUAUAGCACUUUUUAAUGUAAUGGAGAACUAAUAGUUCCCUAUUAAUGUCUCCACUGCACCUGAUAGGGUAAACUAGCCUCAUCUCAAAAAUUUUAUUAUCUAGAGCUGUUCUUUUUCUGGAAACCCCUCAUUUCUUGGAGUAGACCUUUAAAACUGUAUUUUUUCAGCAAAUUAACAUUUGUUAUUCUGCUACAAACAUUCACUAUCUCACAUGUACAGCAUCUCCUCUAACUCAUUCUUUCCCAGGACUCCUUACUCUUCCCUUCCUUCUACAACUUGAAACCUUUUCACAUUGCAAAAUUAGUACUUUAUGAUUUUAAUCCUUUUUUUUCCCCCCUCCUACUCCUUGCAGCAUUGUUGGAUCCCCAAAGUGUAAGCCAUUUUCUUUGGCAAAAGUGUGCAAGUUUUGAAAUGUGACAUUGAUGUAUGAAGAGAAGUCCAGAAAGAAUGUGAAUAAACCAACAUCUAUACUCUUCAAAAAGACCAAUCUUUAGUUUUAAAAAAAGUCUUCAUUCUCUUUUGUUAAAAUUUAAUGUCUUGUAUUUUGCAGCUGUUAGUGCUAUUUUGGAUACAUGUGUAUUUCAAGAUCUAUUAUUUUGCUUGGAAUUCACCUUCAUAAAUAGAAGUAUUAAAUAAAAAUGCAAGGAUGUUAUGGUGAACCCAUAUAGAGCUCUGGUUUGUAGCGAACAACUAAAAUUCUGCAUCCUGUUCUGGUCGCUACACUUCAGGAUCCUGGAGAAGGAUAGUGUACAGCAUACAGGAUUACCAUAAAUGAUUCUUGAGGGAAGGGCAUUUAGCUACAGGGUUAGGACAGAGAAACAUAAUUAAAAGAGCCGGAGGGAGCACAAAUAAUAAUUUAUUUCUUUCCGUUUCUAUUCAAACAUUUUGAAAAAUAAUGCUCACACGAAUGGAAGUACUGUUGUUAAA